AUGUCGGAUUGGGUUGAUCAAACGAUGAACAAAUCAUCUGGCUCCCGGCUGGACGACGUAGACGACGCUUGCUCGAUAGCGGAUGAAGACGACGAACACUUGGGCCAGGUACGGGCGAAGGAGCUAAUGGAGCCGAUCUUUAGCCGCUACAACCUGACCGUCACUCCCAACAAGCUGACGAUUCACCGGUCGAAGGAACUGAUUUUAAAAACGAUACGAGAAAACCCGGUCGUGGUGUUGCAGGGUGCGACGGGAUGCGGCAAAACGACACAAGUCCCGCAAUACCUGCUGGAAGAUGCGUACAAGCGACGUGAGUGGUGUAACAUCGUUGUGACGCAACCGCGAAAGAUUGCCGCGACCUCGAUCGCACGGCGGGUCGCAGCGGAACGUUCCUGUGAGCUCGGUUCGCUGGUUGGUUUUAAGGUGGGCCUGAAGGAAAAGAUCAGCGAAGACACGCGCCUAAUGUACGUGACGACGGGUGUGCUGCUGAACAGACUGAUCAAUUCGAAAAAUAUAAGCAGUUACACGCACAUCAUACUGGACGAGGUGCACGAACGCGAGGUAGAUAUGGACUUCCUGCUUAUCAUUGUGCGCCGUCUGUUGACACAGUCACGUCACACGAAGAUCAUCCUCAUGUCGGCCACCAUUGAGUCGUCCGCGUUUGCGCAGUACUUCAAGAUACCGGGACCAAACGGUCUGUUUGCCCCGCAGCUGGCCGUUGGCAAUCAUUCGCAGCAUGACGUGACGGUGUUUUAUCUGGAAAAUUUGGAAAGGCUACGGAUCGACUUUUCCAUCAAGUAUGAGCAGCCGGAGGUGCACGAGAAGAUGUACUUUGUGGCGGCGAAGGUCGCGAUCGUGUGCGAUCGCUACAUUGACGAGUGCGAAACGGCGUCCAGCAUCGAAUACAAACCGUCGAUCAUCAUGUUCCUGCCCGGUAUAAACGAAAUCGAACGAAUGGCGGAAGUGCUGCACAACUUCGUGGGCGACAACAAUCCAAACUCGCUGCAGACCAAGUUUACGAUACUGAAGCUACAUUCGAUGCUGCCGUCGGAGGAGCAGGCACUGGUGUUUCGUCCACCACCGCCGGGACACCGGAAGGUCAUCCUUUCGACGAACAUUGCGGAAAGCUCCAUCACUAUACCGGAUGUGAAGUUUGUGAUCGAUUUCUGUUUGCACCGUGUGCUUGUUGCUGAUACGUUGAACAACUUUACCACACUGCAAACGCAGUGGGCCUCGCGUAACAACUGCAUACAGCGAGCCGGUCGUGCCGGGCGUGUGAUGAACGGUCGCGUCUAUCGGCUUGUGAACAAACACUUCUAUGAAAAUGGUAUGGCCCAAUCGGCCGAACCGGAAAUGGUACGCUGUCCGCUUGGGGCUGUGGUGCUGAAAACGAAACUGCUCGACAUGGGACCACCGCACACCAUACUAGCCCUAGCCAUGUCUCCACCGAAUCUGUCCGAUGUGUCCAACACGGUGUUACAGCUGAAGGAGGCCGGUGCACUGCUGCGCACUGCCAAGGGUGUUUAUGAUGUGCAGGACGGUGAUAUAACAUAUCUCGGCCAGCUAAUGUCACUAAUCCCGGUUGACAUCUCGCUGGCGAAGCUGGUGGUGCUGGGUUACGUUUUUUCCGUGCUGGAAGAAGCUAUCAUCAUAGCGGCCGGUUUGAACGUGAAGAACGUGUUUUGUGCGAUGCGUUCCGUCGAAGCAUUGCGCAUCAAGCGCUACUUUGCCAACGGUUCAGCCUCCGACGGUAUUGCAAUCCUGAAUGCGUACACCUGGUGGCGUUCGGUAAAGGAACAAGGUACGGGCGGAGAUACAGUGGGCUGGUGUCAGCGGUACAUGCUCGAUCUGAAAUCACUCACCGAGAUGGCUGAGCUGGUGCAGGAGAUAACGUACCGGCUGAAGAAUGCGAACAUACAGGUCGUUGCCGGUGCGCGGAAUGCUCGCUGGAACGAUCGCGAACGAACGGUCGUGCUGAAGGUGGUAAUGGCGGGCGCAUUCUACCCGAAUUAUUUCCUUCCGCUGUCGUCGAGCGAGCGCGACCUCGGUGAUCGGCAGGUGUACACCGAGAUUGGUGGUCGCAAUCCGUUCCGGACGGUAUUUUUCUGCGGGUUUGAUCAUUACAACUACAUUGGACCACUGUACCGCAAUCAGAUCCGUGCACUGCUCACCGAACGGAAAGCGGACCCGGAAUGGCAAGCGCUAAUGAAGGUAGAAUUCGAGCGAAACACCAACAAGAUAUUCGUCCAGUUCGAGUAUCCGCCCCAUCUGCAGCCCGGUCAGAGUCAGAUUCGGUACGACGAACGUAACAUGGUGGACCGCAUCCAUCCGGGUGUGUACGAAGCGAUCAAGCUGCGCCAAGUGCGCUGCAGCAAUUCGGAACUGUUGGUGAUGCAUCACAAUGAUGCGGUCACCUUUGCAACGGAAAAAGGUCUCGGCGUGUGGAAAAACAACGAAUGGCAUCCGCGAAGCAUCGAGAUCCCAAACGUGCAGCUAUCGGUUGAACCACCCAUCUACUGCAAGGAGCUGAUUGCCACCGUUACCUACGUGCAGGAUCCGAACAAAUUUUAUCUACGUCCCCAUGGCGAUAACAACAUUUACAACGACAUCGAACGGCAGCUGAGCGAAAGCGCUGCAUUUUUGCGUCCCUUUUCUGGCCAACAGUUACCCAAACAGCGUGACAUUGUGGCUGCUCCAUUGCCGCACAAAACCGAUAAAGCUUUGGGUCGUGCUAAGCUACUGAAAAAGUACACGAUCCGUGGCGUCCCGAGCUGGGCGGUCUUUUUCAUGGAUUUUGGUAGUACGGCUAUCAUUCCGGUUGAACAGUUGCGCCAGCUGGAAGGUACACCGCUGGCCACGCUUACAACCAUUCCCGAUCGUGUGUUCGAAGCGUCCCUGGCACAGGUACAACCGAGCGCAAUACGAUCGCCGAAAGACGUUUGGACGGAAGAUACGAUCAAGCACUUCCGGCAGCUCGUACUCGGCAAACGGUUGCACGUUGAGGUGUACUCUGUGGUAAACCGGAUGUCGAUGGUGGUGUUGCGCCGUGCAAAGCAAGAUUCUGUCGAGCAGACAAUUAAUAAAGAACUGAUCAGCCUUCAUCACGCCCAAGAGUCGGAGGAAUCGUACGUGUCGAAGAUGAACCACGAGAAGCGGCAACGGGUGCAGUGUGAGAUGGAGUUGGAUUCCAUGUACGCGCUACAGAUAAAAAACGAUGACUCCGAACAGCAGCGUUACCUGGAGGAUGAUGAUCCGGGAAAUUUGCAUCUGCCGCGCGAUCUGCUCAAAGUUCGGCUUAGGCUGCGCGGUCCGUACAGUCCACUCGAGAUAAAGUGUAGUUCGACCGUGUUUUCCGGCUACCGAAAGCCGGUCAGUAUUGAAAAAGCUUCGCUGAAUUCGGUGCUGCUAGACACAAAUCCGCAGAACCCGCACAGCAAGCUGCUGGUGGCGGGUUGCGUUAAUGAAACAUCCGGCAACACGUUGAUCGCUCGGCAAACAACCAUGAUGCCAAACAUUCCCGGCUUGCCAAUACUGAUGGCACUCAUCUUUGCGCCUACCUGUCAGCUGAGGAAGGAUCCGGAGCAAACGCGCAUUGUUGGGCUGUUGGCCGGGCUGGGCAUCGAUCCGUACACGGGCAAUUCCAUCUAUCCCGAGCAUGAUAUGUCGCUGGCGGUAGACAUUUGCAUUGACGAGGAGGACAUCGGAGAUAUCAAUGCAUUGCGUUAUACAAUGGACUCUAUCCUGCACAGUGGACACAAUAAGCAAACACAGCUAUUUGGCGAGUACAGCAUUGAGUCUCUGAUGGGAAAAGUGAAGGAUUACCUAAUUAAAAUCCUUCAACGUGAACGUGCGGUCCAAGAAAAUCGGGGUAUGAUGCACGAUUUCCGAUGGGAGACCGGUGGUCAAUUUGCUGGUUCAAGCAAAAAGUCACCACAGAAUUUAAUGAUUGACAUUUAUUCGAAAGCUAUCUUUCCACUGUACGACAAGCUAAACCUUCGUCCCUUGCCGGCCAGCAAAAUAGAGUUUAUGCGGCAGCAUUGCGCGGAGUUGCAUCUAAUAACAGAAUCGCGAGUGUCGUUACCAAGAGGAGGCAUAUUGUGCCAGCUGUGUGACGUGAAUCUCGAAUCGGAGCACGCCUUACGGAUUCACUUCUGCUCCAAUCUGCACCGCGAGCUUGAGAAGAAGAUUCGUUUCCAAAUUUGA